AUGUUGAUCAGUAAAGUACCAGACAAUGAAGAGGGGAAAGGGGAGUGUGCGGCCGUCCCGGCCACUGAGAGUGAUUCACAUCAUGAAUACCAGACGGCCAACGAAUUGUUUGAGUUCAUGGCGAAGAAUCAGAACUUCAACACCGGCGAUAUGGACAAGUUAACUACCAGAGACCUAGUGAUUCUGUACAAGAACAUUGACCUUGGAACAAAACUUAUGUCGAAUGCUAGUGAAUUGAAAAACAAGAGACCAAAUCAGCACGUGGAGACUGUGGUGUACGACGAACCAGAGUCCGAUGGCUCCGACAUCAGCGACAUCUACAGCAACGAGGACCUCACAAACGUGUACCUCAUCAACAAUGAGAAACUCGAUCUCAUUAAUACUCCAUCAUCUGUGCAGAAAACACUUUAUGCCAAAAAAUCGGAGACCUCGAGAUGCACACCUCUGGCCUCACCACCGAAUACGACAAUCAUUUCCUCUUUAAGGAUCCUUACAUCAAUGAACAACUCAAAAAUAUAAAGUUUAUGAACAACGCCUCCGACACAAACACAGUACUCCCGGCUUCCUUACUUGACUACAUUUGUUGCAAACGUUUGGAAGACAACUAUAACUUUUACAUGGACAAUAUUAUUCGAUACGUAAAACAUACAAUAGAGCAACUGAAGCGCAUAAGCAAUGGUGAUUAUUUAACUGACAAAGCGAAAGAGAAGUGGCGUGAAGUAGAGAGCGGUGUGGAAGAUAACUGUCAGGUCAAUACUAAAGUUCUAGCGACAUCUUCUAGCAUCCCGACGCACAUGGAACGAAAGAUUGGAGGGAGAGAGUCCACGUGGGACGACAUAGUUCACUCAGCAGUGGAUAUUAGAUCGCUGACAAAAAUUCUUCAAAAAAGAAUUGUAGUACAAGUACCAAACCUCAUUUGUGGGUCGUAUAAACUUCUGAGUAAAUGUUGCGCCGAAAACGUAAUCAUUCGUUGCAAGAAAGACAAGUGGCCAGUUGAAGAGGCAACAAACACUGAGUCACAAGUGGACGUUGUAUUACAGUUACAGCGUUCUGAGACUGGACAAGUCGUCAGCAAGAUUAGCUCAAUCAUGAUCUUAAAAACUACCCCUGCAGUUGUUUAUGAUUCUCUUGGACAAGAUAUAAAGCCCUUACCUUUACCUUCUAAUGAGCCAAGUAAUGAAGAUCAAUUUCCGGAGACAAGUGUCAAAAUAGUAGAAUUGAAACCCAUAAUAGAUGAAUGUAUGGAUGAACGUAUGGAUGAAUCUGUUUCACACAGUACAGAAAUGUCCGUAAAAUCUGAGUGCAGUGUACAAAUUAUUGAAAAUGAAAUUGAAGAGACCCUUGUAGAUAUUAUUGAUUGUGGAUUUAGUGAGCACGAAGGCACUGAAUCAUCAAAGAACUCCUGUUAUCUAGUAUCGAGUGAUUCGAGUGACGCUUUAAAAGAUAUUUUGGAUAGAAAGGUUAAGCUUGCACAAAGAGAAAAACGUGGUGACAUAUUUGCCGACGACUUGCGAUUUACAAUACAAAAGUUAACUAUGCAGAGUGCUUUGACAGAGGAAAGCGGAGAAGACUUAUCGCACUCAACAAAGAAGAAGUCUCCGACGCGAGCCCGAGUCAAGUCACCAUACGAAAAUCAAUCGCUUAUAAUGGAGGAGAAGAAAAGAAAGAAGUUAAUAGAAAUAAGAGAGAGACGAGAAAAAAAGAAAAUGGCGCUCGCUGAAAACUGCAAAGUUACGAAGCAUAGGUUCGGAAAGGGAGGUGUAAUGCCACAAUCUGUUAGCUCCGUUACAAAACUAUCAAUAUCCAACAAGUCUUUUUACAAUUCUAUCUACGGCCAGUCGAAUACGGAUCCUAGUAAGCAAGCCAAAGGUAAAAAUCGAAGGGGAGGGAAGCGAAACAUUCUGGAGAUAGACAUUAUUGAGAGAAGUAAUGACACCGCACUGUCUACUCCAGAGCGGAACAGCCAGAAAUAUACCAACAGAAGCUACUACUUAGACGAUACUGUCACUGAAAUGAUGUACCUGAAUAUGAAAAAAAAUGAGACCGAAGGAAAAGAAGUAUGCUCUACGUCUACAUCUGUCAUAUCCAGUGAUUUUAGAAACAAUUUAAAUUUACUUUCACAGUUGAUUGGCCCAUCUGAAACUGAUCUCGACGUAAGCAAUAAUUGUGAGACGCAACCUAAAGAGAAUAUAUCUAAUGCUGCAAGAAUCGACGAAGAUACUGAUAAAAAUCAUUCAAAAAUAUUGCUUGGUUCUCAAAGUAUACUUAAUAUAGCUCCGUCAAAUUCUCCAAAUGCAGAAGAACGCGAUAACCCUGAUCCGAAGAAGCUCAACUCUUCAGUGGAAUGCAGAAAAAGUAUUGAUAAGAUCUAUACUUUGAUGAAAAAAUUGGAAAACGUCCAAAAUAUACACUCGCACAAUGAUAGUAAAUCGCAGUCAUCGAAAAGUAAAUACAUCUCAAACAAUUCCGAGAAAAGCAAUGGGGUUGAUGGGAGGACGCCCUCUACAUAUCAGACCAGUGAUAGUGGAACUAGCCUUAAACACCGCUCAACAUCAUCCAAUCCCAGUUCUUUUAGCUUUGGAAAAACCAACACAGAAAGACUCAACGUUAAAUCCUUCAUGCAUCAAUCUGUAACUCCGCCAGCAAUUGUUCCCAAGGUCAUCAUCAGCUCAAAAUCAUCUCCGAAAAUGGAUUCAGAAAAAAUCAAAAAGGAGCGCAAACGACUUAUCCCCAGUCCUACAAUUAAAAUAGCAGAUAAUCCUUUGAAAGCGAUUUCACAACUUUUACAUGAAUUUGAAAAUGUACAAAAAAUAAGGCAAAAAUCGAGCACUGAACAAAAAUCUUUAAAGAAAAUGGAGGUGACGUCAUCCGAUGGUAAAACUGGAUCUCGGCAUAGUUCUUUUAAACGGCGUUCACGGCUUGACCAACACAAUGAUAGUCAACCAGAGAGAUCUGUGAGAAUAAUAAUACCAAAAGAUAAAAAGCCUACUCGAUUAAUUAAAGAAAUGGAAACACCGAAAUUUCCCUAUCAACAAAUUCCUGUCGAAGAUAAAGAUAAAUUACAAAAAAAGAAAAUUUCAGAUUUGUUAGACGAAGCUAAAGAAGCUAGAGGUGAAGCAGUUCGAGGCCCUUCCAAGUUGAAUUCUAGAUUGAACUCUCUUGCACAACCAAAGAGAACGUACGUCCAGGCUCACAGUGAAGAGUACCAAACUAAAUACGGUAAAACUUUAAUGGCAGAUAGAUUGCAGAGGUUAGCGGCCUCUCAAACACAAUCCACCUUGGAAAGGAGCACAGCCUCUGUAAACUCGAGAAACAAACUUAAACGAGGUUCGGAGGCAAUGUCAACGGUGUCGAUGAAACAGUCGCCUCUAACUGUGCCGCCCUUAGAGCGAGCAUUUAGAGCACGUCACUCGUCGAGCAGCAGUCCUGAAACUAAAGAAAGACUAAAUCGAGGUGUGAGCCCAUGUAAGCAAAUUAUAAUGCCGGAAGCACCCCAAACAUUGAAGAAGAAGAUGGUGGCAGUUGAGUCGUACGUGAAAAAUCAUUAUGGACGUACCACAUCUGCUGCAGUUGGCAAUGAGUCUCACAGUGUGCGAAAGUCGCGGGUUCCACUUUUGCCGAACGAUAUCGACUUGGCGUCUUCCACGUCGUCUCCAAAUGUCGGAGAGUCCACCGAGCUAGGAAGCAGACUACAUCACAUUAUAAAUACAAUAGUAAAUCCUAAUACGCAAGGUCUGGAGGUACUGACUGAAUGUCACGAAACCAAUUCUAAAAUAAGUAGAGAAAAGGAAAUGAAUUUUCUGUCAUUCAAAAAGUAUCCAGGUGUGAACAGGUGUCUUCUGAUUCUGAGUACGCUAUAGAUGUUUUAGAUGAUAACAAUGUAGUAACGUCCGUCGAAAGAACGGAUAAAGCGUCUGAAAAUAAAAAGGAGCGAAUCAAUGUUAUAGAGACAGACGUUACUGAAUACGGUCUACAACCAUUGAAGUCUGUAGCAGAGUUGGAAAAGUUACAAAAUGCUUUAUGUCAGCAUAUCUCGGUGGGUGCUUUUCAAAAACGGUUGCGCCUUAAAAAUUUAACGCUAACCCCAAAACAAUCAAUGCAGCCAGUACUCGUUCUACAAUCAGGAGAUGCGGCUUCGCUCGUAGUUCAAUCUCCUCUCGCUACUAACUAUAAAGAAACGAAAGAAACUCUUUGCGAUUUAAAUACUUUGCCGGUUCUAUCAAAGUCUAAUCUAGACUGGAAUUUUUCAAAUUUGCCAAUGCAAAUUUCAACCGUUGGUUAUGCUUUCCCAGAGUAUGAAUCAAGAUCGCUUGUUAAAUUAUUUAACGAAGUUUCUAAGAAAACAGAAAAAGUUACUGGUCAUGGCAAGCAAUAUUUUGAACCUACUACUCCAGCUGCCAUCGUGCCCAAUACUGUAGGUAUAAGUAAUACUCAGGUUGUGAAAUUGGACAAAAAGGAGGAGAUUAAUCAGGUAAAUAAAAAGAAUACUGAAAAUGAAAUGAAAAAUACAUCUAAUAAAGAGCAAAGUCAGGCCACUCGCGCUCCCUCACCUGAUAAGAAAAAAGAUAAUGAUCCUGCAAAACAUAAACAGCACGGUAUCGAAUACAGUACUUCCUUAGAUAUAUUAGUUGGACUCUUAAACGAAAUUCAAACCAUUACAACAUGUCAGACACAGAUAACUACCGAUGAUAAAACUCACAAUGAUUACCAUCAAAACAAGGAAUUAGAAACUAUUUUAAAUAAAGCCGCUGCGCUCGAGAACUCAAUCAAAAGUAGUCCUUGCGAUGCAAUGUCCUUUACGUCACUUGACAGACUUCGACAGCUAGAGUCUAAUGCGAGUUUGUAUUCGUUUUAUUUAUCAGACUGUGAGGUAUAUGAAAAAGAUUUGACAUCGGAACUAAUGGAAAUGGACACUAGAACACUGCUAAGUUCCAAAAGACUUUUUGUUGAUAAAGAAGUUGGUGCAAAUUUAUUAGAUAAAGAAUUAGUCAAUAAAUGCACGAGUGUUUCUUCAGAAAUAUUUCCACCCGAUAUAAAUGAAAUUAGUGACAUGACAAACUCUCUAAUAGAAGUACUUCGCGACCCAUCCAAACAAUCGGUGUUAUCCUUUGAAUAUCAUUCGAUAUAUUCCGAUGGCUCGUCUCUAACUAAUGACAUGUUUAUGGAUAUUCCACAGAUUAUUGUCACAGGGGAGUCCAACCAGUCGCUGGCUUUAUAUGAAGUAAAUAAUAAACCAAUCGAAAAGCCAAAUGAAACGAAGUUGUAUAGAGAGAAAACACAAUCAUUUCAAAUAGAAACGCCUAAAAAAAGGGGAAAGGCAAAGGUAAAUAAAGCCAAAUUUCGACUGAAAACAGAGUUUGAUCCAAUCAUGAAGAUGAAAAGAGAUAUUUUGGUAACGGUGUACUCAAUCUUGGUAUUCACUGUUUUCGCUGCGUUGUCUUUUCCCGAGAUGUUGUACCGUGUUUGA